CAUCUACGGUACCAUAGGCGGCAUCUUCUUGGGCAGCCAAUUAAUAGAUGGACGCGCCGUACCAGCUUGCCAGCACGUGCCAGUCUAACUGAAACCGAAUUAAGCGCUCUUUAUUAUCGACCAGGAGCGAGUGGUUAGCCAUAGCCGGUGCGUGGUGGACAGUUUCUUAUGGCUGUUCACGGUAUGCGUAUAAGGACCGUGAUUCAUAGAAUACCGUCAUUCUCAUUAGAGGAGUUCAAGAUGCAUGUUCGUGCUAAAGGAGCCACGGCUGUCAUAUUUCUUUUAGUAACAGUUAUUUUAGGAAAGACGGGCGUGGAUACAAGGGAAAGACAUCAGCAACAAGAGCCAUUUUUUGAUAUUCUAGAUAUCCCACCAGAAUUAAGGAACAUUCCGGAGCGACCGACCAUCUACGAUCUCCUCACCAUCCCGUCUUUGGAGGAGGCUGCGGUGCUACGGAUAUCCUUCGCGCAAGACAGACCGAGCCACAUGUCCGACCUACCACCCAGCGGUUCGGCGUGGAAAGGAAACCCUGCAGAGUUCAUGUCGGAACCGCCGCUUUCUAUUUUCAAGAGAGAUCACAGCCCACCCUUAAGAGCGUGCCCAGUAAAGAAUGAAUGGAUUCACGUACAGACAGCCACAGAUAUUUACAACGAAGAAGUGGAAGUCAGUCAAAUCCAGUGGUUUUGGCACACCACCUGCCUACACGAGAACCAGGCUUGCUACGGGUUUUCUUCGUCGGACGAGGGGACAACCACCGAGUGCAGGGAGACCAACUCGUGGGUGAUGGCCUGGGCCAGGGUGAUAGGAGAAACCGACUACUCGUGGCGGCACAUUGCCAUCCCGACCUGUUGUUCGUGUGCGGUCAUUGAAAGCCUCAGAUAAUUGUCAGCUUUGGUUUCUUUAUUGUAAAUCCGACAGCUUUCGAGUUUAUGUGACCUUCUGUCAAUGACUUCUUUCGGUCGCACACCUAACUAGAUAAAACUGUGGGUGCGGCAUUCGCGCUGUCACUGACUUAAUGGGACAAAGCAGUAAGCCUAAUUUGGAUGAGGGCAAGAAAUACUUUUGUUGUAAUACCAAUGAAAAUCCGUGAGUCUUUUUUUAAGAGGAGGGGGUUCACCUAGUAACUAUAAGUGGAUUUCAUGAGUAAAGAAUUAGUGAAUAUUUCUGGAACAACGAACUAAAGUCUCAUUUUCUAAAUCUAUCAGGAAGUAUUACAUCCAAAGAUUUCUAAAGGUUAAUGUAUUUGACUUUUAUUCGAUUAAGUAUGACAAUUUUGUUUCUUUUUGCUGUAGACGGAAUGUAGCUGGACGAUUCAUCCGAAUACAUUUUGCGAUUAUACUGUAAACGCAGUUAUUCAGAUGUCACUAUGGGAAUCUCAAUAAUCCACAAUUUAAGUAACUAACAGCUUUAAUCGUGUUUUUGGUCAGGAAUGAAUGAUGUUGUAUGGACUGGAGAGUGUAUUGUGUGAGGUUUAAAGAUGGUUGAGGAGGACAAGACUCAAGGUAUUUGGUUUGUGGAAGCGAGGAUAUGUGGCUGUGCAACUUCUUUGACAGAACCAGCUCAGGCGCUGUGUCUCAAAAGGCACAGAGUGAAAGAUGACAUAGACUAUUCAUCAUCGCUUAUGGUGGGGUUUUUGCCUCAGUUGUGGUGGUAUAACAGUGCAUGCGUUGGUGACGGAGAUGAAGGAAUUUGUUGCCAUGGUAGCAGGUUUCUUGCAGGUUGCAGUUUGACAGUUGUCGUUCUUGGUGUAGUGGUGGUUUUUAAUAUCAGGUCACACUUGUACACUGGAGUGGCCACUGUGGUGUUGUGGACACGGGGGAGUGGGUGGUGUAGUGUCAGUUGCAGAAACGGUUGUGGUUUUUGCUGCAAGAAAGAGGGGCGAUGUUUCAGGCGGUGAUAAUUUGUAAUGAUGGUGUAGAUGGUGGUGAUUGUCCGGGUGAUGGUAGUGGGGCGGUGAUGGUGGGGGUAGUGGUGGUUUUGGUCGGGUGGUGGAGGUGAUGGCGGUGGUUGUUGAAAUGGAGGAAGCACUGACAGUGAUGGGCGUGGUGGUGGUCAGUGGCGCAACCAUCUAGUAUAUAUGAAGGAUUUGACUUUGGUUUGGGCUCACCGGUACUUUUCCGACUAGUAGUGGCAAAUGCGAAAAGCGGGAGUGGAGUAGGGCGCCUGGCCCUUUUCUGACAAGAGGAGUAGCUUUCAUGAUAAUAUGUUCGAUAAAUAAAGCCUUUGAGCCUCCAUUCCCGGCGAUAUUAAAUGUAAGUGUACCCUCGUACCCUCCCCCCCCCCUUUCUUAUCCCCCGUGCGCCCGCCCCUUUGGCUGUGCUGUAGUUGUGGUAAUAUUAACUGUGUUAUUAGCGUAAUGCUAACUGGAAUUUGUUAACAUGGUGUUCAUGUUGGAGAUAGUUUGACAACUGCUGCUGAUUGUGCUUUGACAUACCAUUGGGGUCUUAAAUUUAACGCGAUUAAUACAUCGCAUUUGUACAAUAAAUCUUACCUCUACAAUGAAAUGACACAUGAUCCUGAUAACUCAGAGUCAUCAUACCAAAUGAAGCACGUGAUAUACCUAACUGCGAACUCUAUCACAAAAAGUAAAGUCGCGCACAACUGGUGAUUUUCUGUAAUUAUUUGCUCUGAUUAAGCGCAUAUUAUAAAACCCUGUGCAGGGAUUACAGACAGAAUUUGUGUUAGCUUUGUGUAUCACUAUAGUAUCCAAGAAAGGUGCACAACAUUUAAAUAGCUGAGCUAUAUGCUACUUAAUACCAUUAAAUUUGUAGACUUAUCACAAAUAUUUUGUGGAUUUUUUGGAAUGUGUUAUCUGUCGCUAUAAGUAUAAGCUUGCUCAUUCCUAAACAUGUCUUGCAAGUCGGGGUAAAAAGGCAAUAUGUUAUAGUAUUGUUACCACUAAAUCUAAAACAGUGUGAUAUGUCGGCAUAACUUAAACCAGAAUUCGCAUUUCAAUUACUCCAUAAAUUUAUAAGUUAAUUCAAUACUUGUUUGAGUUUUCAGGCUUUUUUCUCUAAAACUCCAAAACUGGGUAUGAAAUAGAUGUACCCGUGGAUUUUGUUCGUAGGCCCUACAUGUAUUCGUUUCUUUAUUUUAGCAUUCCAUAAAUGUAAAAAUCGUAUUUUACACUUUUUUAUUGGAGGGCAAAGUUAAUUAAAGACGGAUAUAAUUCGUAAAAAAACUUGCACUUUUAAAUAUAAAAGUGGACUGAGGUCUUAGAUUGUACACAUUUUAUUUCCCAUGUAUAUAAUUUAUAGAGAAUUUGAUAGAGUUUUUAAAAUCCAAAUACGAGAGAAAAAAAAGACAGUCUUCAGCAGUAAAUUAGUCAGAUCAGAAUUUGUAUUCAGUAGUAAAUUAGCCCUUUCGGAAUUUACUUUUGUAGAGGGUCUGUUUCGAUUCUAUUAAAUCAUCCAAUGAAAAAAAUGUGAGAAUGAAUAUUACAAACAAGUGAGAAACAAACACAAGCAUGGAAACAAGGAAAAAGGCAAGAUUUCUGGAUUACUGGAUAAGAAUCUACAAGCCUCUAAGUACCAUUGAUACUAUCUUCAAAGCUUGAAUGUGACAAGAAAUCGUUGUGACCUAUAAAAAAUGUGUACGGCUAUUGUAAGGUGUUUUUUAUUUUCGUUUUCAAUGUAGCUACUUACAAUCUAACAUUUAUUCAGCAGGUGUCGGCAAGAGAAAUGGAAUGUUUGGGUUUAAGGUAAAGUUGGUAAACGCACUCUGAAUUUACUAUGAUUGGAGUGUGUGCCAUUGAACAUGAAUGUGCCUAUUAGAGAAUUACGCAGUCUGCUGGGUUUUUUUUUAAAUGCAUGUAUUUAUUAUUUUAGACAGUUUAGUUUGAUGGAUGUUAGUAUAUUUUGCAGAUCAAAAGUUGUUAUCACUGGAAAUUACUACAGUCUGAAUAAAGCCCGUGCCCAUUGCGAGCUCGUGCGGAA